UAAUGAUGGUGCCAGCAGUCUGAAACCAUUUUUGUUUGGUGGCACAGUAAGUUACGUAAAGGUGGUUAAAAAAUCUUUUUGUGAACGGUCCGCAUUCAGUAGUGUCUGUCAUCAUGAGCCAAACAGACGUUAUUCAUGUAGUUACCCUGACAACAGAAAUAUGUUGGAACAUAAGCAGCGGUAACGUGCAUAUAGGAGUUGUUAGACAAAUUCCGGUGGAGGGUCAAGAAGGAUUGAAGACUGAAUUGACAGGACAGAUGUUUUGAACUUUGAGGGCUGUGACAUCUUCAUUAGGGCCCUGCUGAGGUGGUUGACAGGUCGCCGUGCCUUCAGGAAAAAACCUUCCUCAGUGUAACCACACUUAGGACCUUAAAAGAUUCAUAAAUAUUUGCACACAGGUCCACAUCUGCCUCCCCAUGCAGAACUCCAUGAAAUGAAUAAAGCACCACAGCCUAUAACAGGAUCCCCCUCCACCCCCCACCCUGCCCCCUCCCCUGGCCUUUCACAGCCCUCAUUUCCAGGGCAGCCCCCUUCUGUUGUGUUUGCCACCCCACCGCCUCCACAAAUGAACCCAACACCACAGCCCCGACAGUUUGCCCCAGGGCCCCGACCUAUACACCAACAGGGAAGCUUCAGGUCAUUACAGCCCUAUUACACCAACAGGGCCAGCCUGCCUCCCAGCAGCGGGCCUCGGGGUGUCCCUCCCAGCAGUGGCCCUCGGCCUGUGACACCCACCCACGUCUACCAGGCCGGCCCUGGCUCCCAAAUGAUGAUGAUCCCUGGGCAACAGUUGCCCUUCCCCAGCUCACCACAGGCACCAGCCUACUUCAUACCGAGUCAGUACCGGUCAACAACCUAUGUGGCCACACCCCAGCAAUACCCAGUCCCAGCAGGCACCCCGGGCUUCUACCCAGGCACCAGCCCGGCUGAAUAUGGUACUUAUGCAGGGGCCUACUACCCCGCCCAGCCUCAGUUCACCCCCUCAGUGCAGGCGGCACCGGUCAUUAUGAACCCUGCCCCUCAACAGCAGCCACCACCACCUCAGCCUCCCCAGCACAUGCACACCAAACGGGAACGUAAACAGAUCAGAAUAAGAGACCCUAACCAAGGAGGUCGAGACAUUACAGAGGAAAUAAUGUCAGGGGGCCGCAGUGGCUCUACUCCAACACCACCACAGACAGCCAUAUCUGGAACAGAAAGUACAGCAGUGGCCCAGGCCAACGGUGAGAGCGUCACAGCUGCUGCUACACCAGCAGUGGUUAGGCCAGCAUUUCCUUCUUUCCCUGCAGAUGACAGAGGAAAACCUACUCCCCCUCCUUCAUCAAAGAGUCCUGAACUUUAUAAAGGUGACCCUGUAUCCACUGAGACCACCUCCUCUGACAUGAACACUAAGCCCCCUUCACCCCCACUACUAUCAGAAGCAGAGGACAUCCCACCUGACACUAUUUCCACACUUGCGCCCAUCACUCCUGUUGGAGAUGUGAUGGAUUCUCCCCCACCUCCCAGGGAACCCACUCCAACCCUCCAAUCGGCACCUGAGGUGCCUGCCUACCCUGCACCUUUGCCUGACCCGGUGCGCACCUGUGCUGUGCAAGACGAAACAGACAAGAAAGCCACAGAGACAACAGAGGAGGUGGUGAAAGAGGAAGAGGUUAAAGCAGAAGAGGGAGCUAUCUCUCCGGACACUCCUCUUGCACCGCCCUCUACUACUAACGGUGUUGCAGAGGUGGAGGCAGAAAGGCUGUCGGUGAUGUUGCCACCCAGUCACCUUGAGGCCCCUCUAGAAUCUCCCAUCGCACAACCUGAGGAGCUCUGCCUCCCCAAUGGCCUGCCACUGCCUGCUCCUCAAGACCCCGAGGUGCCUGCCGUCAGUACAGCAGAGCGUGAUGACAGCCCCAUCGCUGAGCCCGACAUCAGCCAGGAGCUUGUCAUUCAGACCUCCACAGCCAUUACUGAGGCGGCUCCUGCGCCUGUUGUCCAAGCUGUACCUACACCUGUUGACCAGCCUGCACCCACUGAUCUGAGUCUUGCUGAUCCAGUUGUCCAGGCAGCACCUAUCCAGGCCGAGGUCCAAGACAUGGUUCCUACAGUUGCCAGGGAUGUAAAGGAAGAUACCCCAGUGCCCCAGCCCACCACUAAGGAAGAGAAGCCAUCCCCUGCAGAGACGGUUUCCAUAGCUGACAGCGCCUCAGAAACAGUGCCCUCUCCUCCCCCACCCACAGCAGAGGAGAAGGAGGACACUCCUCCUCCACAGACGGUCACCCCCGCCUUUGUAGAAACUACUAUGCAAGCUGCUGUGUCUGUGCCAAAGAAAAAGAGAAAGAUGAAGGAUCUGAAUAAAAAGGAGGCAGUGGGAGACCUCCUGGAUGCCUUUAAAGAGGAGCAGGUAGUGGCCCCACCAGAGCCCGAGCCGACCCCCGCCCGGGUACUGGAGACCCAGCCUCCUGCUGCCUCCCCUCCUGCCCCAGAGGAGGCGGAACUGACCUGGGAGGACAAGGAAGACAAACUGGACGCUGAGAACAUUCAGCCAAGUCAUCCUGAGCCGACCACCACUGACAAGAAGUACCAGUACAAAGAGGAGCAAUGGAAACCAAUCAAUACAGAAGAGAAGAAGAAAUAUGACAGAGAGUUUCUUCUGGGCUUCCAGUUUAUCUCAGCCAGCAUGAACAAGCCUGAGGGUCUACCAGCCAUCAGUGAUGUUGUUCUAGACAAGGCUAACAAGACCCCCCUGCGUCAACUGGAUCCCAGCCGUCUGCCAGGGAUGAACUGUGGCCCCGACUUCACGCCAUCCUUCGCCAACCUCGGCCGACCUGGCAUGGGAGGAGGAAGCAGAGGACCACCUCCAAGCAUGGGCAUUGGAGUCGGUGGUCCACGUCGCUCUCAGCAGAUCCAAAGGAAAGAGCCAAGGAAAAUCAUCACCAGCAUGUCACUCAAUGAUGACGUGCAGCUGAACAAGGCAGAGAAGGCUUGGAAACCUUCAACAAAGAAAAGCGUUCGUAGCCGUGUAGGAGAGGACAGCGAGGAGAAUGAUCCAGAACAGAUUAAGACCCAGGAGCUGUUUAAACGAGUUCGCAGUAUCCUCAACAAACUGACCCCCCAAAAGUUUCAGCAGUUAAUGAAACAGGUGACGGAACUGACUAUUGACACUGAGGAGAGAUUGAAAGGAGUCAUAGAUCUUACCUUCGAAAAGGCCAUCUCCGAGCCAGACUUUUCGGUGGCCUAUGCCAACAUGUGCCGCUGCCUUAGCGGGCUUAAAGUCCAAACCACAGAUAAGCUGGGAGGUUCAAAUUUCCGCAAGCUGCUGCUCAAUCGAUGCCAGAAGGAGUUUGAAAAGGAUAAAGAUGAUGACGAGAUCUUUGAGAAGAAGCAGAAAGAGCUGGAGGCUGCCUCAGAGGAAGAGGAAAAGCAGCGGCUCAUUGACGAGCUACAAGAGGCCAAAGACAAGGCCAGGAGGCGCUCACUAGGCAACAUUAAGUUCAUUGGUGAGCUGUUCAAGCUUAAAAUGCUCACAGAGGUCAUCAUGCAUGACUGCAUUGUAAAGCUGCUCAAAAACCACGAUGAGGAGUCCCUGGAGUGCCUGUGUAGACUGUUGUCCACCAUUGGCAAGGACCUAGACUUUGAGAAGGCCAAGCCCCGUAUGGACCAGUACUUCAAUCAGAUGGAGAAAAUCAUAAAGGAGAGGAAGACCACCUCUAGGAUCCGCUUUAUGUUGCAGGAUGUGCUGGACCUUCGACGGAACAACUGGGUUCCCCGGCGAGGCGACCAGGGCCCCAAGACAAUCGACCAGAUCCACAAAGAGGCUGAGAUGGAGGAGCACAGGGAGCAGAUGAAGGUGCAGCAAGCCCUCGUCUCCAAGAAGGAGUUGGGCAGCGGCCCUGGAGGGAGGAUGGGUGGAGGAGGUCCCGGGGGUCGUGGGGGCCCUCACACCCCAGGCAGGGGUGCUCCUCCCCAGGAUGAGGGCUGGAAUACAGUACCCAUCUCCAAGAACCGACCUAUUGACACCUCUCGCCUUAGCAAAAUUACUAAGACUCCUGUUCUUGACUUCAACAAUCAGUUGCUUGCCCCUGGAGGUAAAGGCACAUGGGGGAGUUGGGGUAAGGGCAGCAGUGGUGGCACUAGUGCUAAACCGGCGGACUCUGGAUCAGAGGCAGGCAGCCGUCCAGCCACUAGCACUCUGAACCGGUUCUCAGCCUUACAACAGCCUUCGUCCUCUUCAGGCUCCUCGCUGGACUCAGACAGACGAGUUCCUCAGAGAAACAGCUCAAGCAGAGAGCGCGGUGAUAACUUUGACCGCUCUAAUCGCGGCAGUGACCGAUUUGACAGACGAGACGAGCGACGGGAUGAGCGGCGGGAUGACCGUGAUAGAAACCGGCUGCAAGUCACCAAACGCAGCUUCAGCCGGGAGAACGAAGAGCGCAGCCGAGAGCGGGAGCAGGGUGGCUCGGCCGAUCCUGUCCGCAGGGUAGCAAGCAUGACAGACGACAGGGACAGAGGCAGCAGAGAGAGAGCCAGGAGCAAAGAGAUGAAGCGGGAGACAGCUGUCACACCCCCACCUCCUCAGACCCCCACCAAGCCUGCCUUGACAGAGGAAGAAAUGAACAGAAAGUCUACAGCCAUCAUUGAGGAGUACCUCCAUAUCAACGACAUGAAGGAGGCUCUGCAGUGUGUGAAAGAGAUGAACAGCACUCAGCAGCUGUUUUUAUUUGUGCGAAAUGGACUGGAGUCGACGCUGGAGCGCAGCACCAUCGCCAGGGAGCACAUGGGCCUGCUGCUGCACCAGCUCAUAAAGACCGGCAUCCUCCCAACACAGCAGUACUAUAAAGGACUUCAGGAAAUCCUGGAGCUGGCUGAAGAUAUGGCAAUAGACAUCCCUCACAUCUGGCUGUACCUGGCAGAACUGAUCACACCCAUGCUCCAUGAGGGAGGCAUCCCCAUGGGAGAACUUUUCAGGGAGAUUUCAAAGCCUUUGAUCCCUCUGGGCAAAGCUGGAGUCCUGCUGGUCCACAUCCUCACUUUACUCUGCAAAGGAAUGAGCCAUAAAAAGGCGGGCACAAUGUGGAGGGAGGCUGGCCUCCGGUGGAAAGACUUCCUCCCUGAAGACGAAGACGUCAACAAGUUUGUGACAGAAAAGGAUGUGGAGUUCACACUGGGCGAUGAGUCGGAGAAGAGCAAAAAGAAGGAGCUGAGCUCUGAGGAGCUGACCAAACAGCUCGACAGGCUGAUCCAGGACAAGGCCGACAAUCAGAGGAUCUUUGACUGGAUUGAGGCCAACCUGGACGAGCAGCAGACCUCCUCCAACAUGUUUGUCCGAGCUCUCAUGACGUGCAUCUGUCAGUCAGCAGUCAUCUGUGAGAACCCCUACAAGGUGGACAGUGAGCAGAUCAAGCUGAGGGCCAAGCUGCUGCAGAAAUACCUGAAGGAUGAACAGAAGGAGCUGCAGGCUCUGUACGCCCUGCAGGCGCUGAUGGUGCAGAUGGAGCAACCUGCCAAUCUGCUGCGGAUGUUCUUUGACACUCUUUACGACGAGGACGUGAUCAAAGAGGAGGCCUUUUACAAGUGGGAGUCGAGUAAAGACCCUGCCGAGCAGCAGGGCAAGGGCGUAGCCCUCAAGUCUGUCACCGCCUUUUUCACUUGGCUGCGCGAGGCCGAGGACGAGUCUGACAACAGCUAGGGCUCCCCCUCGGACUGGUGUGAGUCUACAGAGGAUCCUUGGGGAGAACGACUGUUCUGUGGAUGAUUCGGAGGACUCUGAAUCAGCAAAAUCCUUCUGCAUAAACAGAAUAAAAAAGUGAGAAAAAAAAUUCUUCAACUGGGAGAGAUUGUAUUAUGGAUCGAACAUUCGAUCAUGUUAUUUUUGUUUUCUUUUUUGUUUGUUCUUGGGUUUCUUGUUUUUUCUUGCCCAACCGAAUGUCUUUUUGAAUUAAAUAAAAAUACAAGAUUAUAUAGAGAGAAUAGAUAUAAGAAAGAGAAUGCUGACAAGCAUUACAAGCCGUGGGAGAUAAUGCUGUUUCCUUCAGUAUUUUUUUUUUUUUUUUUUAAGGUUUAUCUCCUGUUUUCAAACGGCUUUUGAAGACACUUUGCUUAAUUACAGAUAUAUAUAUAUAUGAAAAAGCUGUUAAAACUAAAAGGCUGUUCACAUCUAUAUUUUUGAUGACUUCAUCCUUUGCCAUGUGGACACGACACAGCAACAUUGUCAUGUCACGUGUACGGUGAUCUACAUGACAUGCUUAUGUAGACGGCUAGCUUUUUGUUUCUCUUUUUCUGGUGUUGGAUGAUUGGAGUGUGUGUUUUGUAAUAAAAUAGAAAACUACAAAGAAAAGUGGAGAGAGCUGUCUAAUGGACAUUUCAGAAAAAGUUACAGCAACGGUUUGGACUCCCAAGGAUUUUAUACAGACUUUAAGUGAACAGUAUCCCUGUGGGGAGGGGCGAUGAACAUUGACCAUUUUGCUGCUGGGGGGUAACGACGCCCUUCAACCCCACCCAAAACCCCCAAUAUACCCUCCAGUGUGUCUGUUUCACUUGUUUCCUGCUCUUCAAAACACAAACUGUGGACUGACAAAAGGAGAACAAAGAGUGAGGCUGCACCUUCCUUCACAGCCUGUUGUUGGAUUUUAAAAACAUAAAAUACCAUUUAUUGAAACUUGAAUAAAAGUAUACACUCAAAAAUACACUUUAAUGACAAAAGACUUUGAAAAUAGUUUAACAGCACGAAUCCUAAGGCUUUUUCUGCUUUCAUGAGUGGAAAUGCAUUUCAGGAGAGUUCUGUAAAUACAUGAUGGAUUGUUUAUUUUUGUUUUGUUUUGUUUUCAAAGAAAAAAAACUCUUCCCUGUAUUUAUAUUUUUCUCUCCUCAGCUGGCAGAAGGUGCUUGUAAUUAUCCAACCCAAGUCAUUGAUUACAAUUUAAUUGAAAAUUUGUAAAUAUUUUUUGCUUUACUUUAUUAAAAAGAUAUUUAAUUAAAGAAAAUGAAUGCCUCUUUUCACAUCCCAGACUGGAAGAGAUAAUAAAGAUUGUUGCCAAUAAAA